AUGAUCAACUCAACGACCAAAGCAGAUCAGACCGCCACUGAAUCUUCGAACACACCAACACUGCCUACGGAAAUCUGGCUACAAAUCCUUGAGCACGACGAUAUCAAGCACUUGUGGCUGUCAGUUCGCAACAUUUCUCGAGCGUACAGAGACUGUGUCGAGCGCCUGUUCUCCACCAAGUACUUGCACAGAGUCAGCAUUACCUUAUCGCUUCCACAACGAGAUCUGGUAACCAACAAAUUGAAAUGGCCGGGCGAUCCGAUCCCUACUUCGCAGCUGGUGAUGGCGUACGCUCGACUCAGCGAAGAUGGAAAGCGACUCCGUCUCGAAUCCUCAACCGUGGUGAAAGACGGAUACAGUGAAAAGACACUCGAAGAGCUCAGAGAGGCAGGAUCCCUCCCGAAAGAGCGGUUAGAGGAAGCGCUCACCACCGUGAACAUGAGCACGCAUCCAAUGGCGGGUCUGACGAUCAAAUUGUCGGUUCGCAUUGACUGGGAUGAGACGCGGAAGGUCUUGGCUUGGGAUGUUGAAUGGCGAAGUGUGCUCAGCCGGUUCUUGGAUGCAAAGGAUAGGCAGGGGAAGAUAUGGCCUACGACAGUGUGGGACACUGUGCCUCGUGGACUCCCAUGGCGUAGUGAUCAGGCUCAUUUAGCGUAA